GUCACAGUUAAGCUACUAUCCAAUACCUUAACUGUUGUAGCGGUAAUUUGAAGACAGCAUUAGCUUGUCGUCAUACAAAAUGAAGAAAGCUGUUCAACAGAGUCGUUUCACCAGGUUUAAAAGGACUCUCUAUAACCCAGAAAAACAUGAAAUUUUAGGGAGGACUUGCAGAGAAUGGGUUUUGAUUUUCAUAUUUUACGUCGUGGCAUACACAUUCUUGGCUUUAUUCUUCGUCGGUAUGCUAUCAGUUUUUCUGUAUGGAUACGUCAGUAAAACAGUUCCAACACUCACUGGGGAACAAAGUAUUUUGAGAUUUCAGCCAGGAAUAGAACUUGCUGCAAGACCAAACUCUUUUAAUACGUUUAUCCAUGUUGCAACUUUCCAAUCCACAAUCAACCAACCGUAUAUUAAUAAAGUGAAUGAACUGUUUAGUAAAUAUGGCUCGAAAGGUGUAAAUGAAGAGUGCAGCGGACCUGGUUUGCAUCCACAGAAUCCAGAUGUCCCCUGCAGCUUUGAUCUCAGUGUUUUGGGUGAAUGUCAGUCAACUGAGAAAACUAUAUUGGAGGGAAAACUAUGUCUUUAUUUGAAAAUAAAUCGAAUCUACGGUUGGUUACCUGAUUUGGAAGAUCCUAAAUCGAUUCCAUCACCUGCUAUCGAAUGUGGAGGUACAUGUUGUGAUGUUACCUGCAGAUGAUUUGUGCUGUAUAACAAGCCAAAUAUAUCCCUGUAAUGUUGUUCACUAACUGAGAUCCCAUCAGGAUUACCUGUCGUUUUAAUAUUUAUAGCUUGUGAUUUUUACGUUAUGCCCAAAAAGAAAUUUAUUCCCAGAAGACAAUUGUAAUCUAUUACUAAUUAUAUGUUUAUGAAACUUAAAAUUUCAAAGAUUAUAAAAGUUUUAGAGCUGAUUUCUUUUAUCACAUAGAUAACUUCUCAAGAAAAUUAUUUACUUAAAAUUUCACAUAACAGAUUGAAUUUGAUUAGAAAAUCAUUGAAAACCAGGAAAUAUGAACACAGUUAUUUCAUCCCACAAUAUGAUGUUUCUGAACUAGAUAUUGACGACCCCACCAAGGAUGAUCCACAAAACUUUUAAGCAUUACGGUGAGCGCUUUACCUUCAGGCCACAGAGUUCCCAUAUUAUGGUUUACAUUUCUAAAUUCAGUUGAUUCGGGAUGUUACAUAAUCACCAUCCGCUCUCAUUGGUGAAACUUGUUUCAGUUUGAUCAUGACGAAAUCCCACUGGCCAUGACUCCUCACCAGAAAUCCGGGAAUUAUUUCUUGGCGCUAUUCACUGGGAAAAAUACAUGAUUGCUUGAUGCUAAGUCUGAAGGUCCUUAAUUCGAUCCCUUGUGAAAUUUAUGAUUGUAUACUGUUGUAGAGUCUUAUUAUAAGAGAAAUUAGAUGUUCAUUUCCUCCUGGUUUCCGAUGGUGGUUUAACUGUAGUCAGUCUGUGAUAUGGAAUUUAAAACUUUACAAUCUUUACAACACCCAGUCAAAAAAGACAAGCUCGCUAAAUGGACGUGUUCUUAUUAAUCACUAAGAGAAAAUUCAAUUGACUAAAUGGUUAAUUCGACUUAAGCAAAAAUUUUGAGUCUUUGAGCAAGUGUAAUAAACGAGAACUUGGUAAGAACAAAUCAAACUCAAAAUAAGAAAACAAUACAAGGAUUACAUUAUUUGCACAUCUUCCUUGAGUUGUCCUAUAUGAAAUCCGUUGUUCUUUCAUUUCUGUUAUUGUUUCGAUGGUUUUCAGAUCUCUUCUCUUUUCUCUUUAUUUUCUUCUUCUGUCCGUAAGAAUCCUACCUUUAAUUUCUUUUACAUACUACUUAUAUCUGUCCAUACAAAUGGAACACAGCACAUAAAUGAAACAGUUUAAAGUCAAUUAAAGUAUGCUUAAAUCAUGUUAAACAAUCGUUUUGACAGCAUACAUAGUGUUAUGUUGUAAAUGAUAAAAUAGAUAAAUGAUGCAGUGAAGAGGAUAGUUUCUGAUACUAUUAUUCACAGCGCAUACUAAUGUUGUUCAGUGUAAAACGUCUGAUGUCCAAACAAGACAUCAUUGUCGUGACUUACUAACUGACAGAUAUUAGUCAAACUGAAGAUAUUUCAGAAUCACAGAACUAUAUGCAAUAAAAACAACGAUAUUUAGAGAGACGUUAAUAAAACUGGCAAAUAAUUGAAAAACCGAUAUAUAAGUGAAUUUUUGUAAAUUUAAUUUGACAUAAUGUUGAAAACAAAAAUAAUAAAACUUCCGUCCAGAAUAAAAAAAUUUCACUGGUUUUCAUACUUUAAAGUCACAAAACCCAUUGUACCGAAUACAGAAGAAAUCAUUUUCCUACGUAUAGAGUUUGUCAUCAUUCUAAGUGAAAAAUUAUUGAAAAUAUUUACCUACGAAUCUACUUAAAAAACCAAUACUGCUCACAUCUUUCAUAGUUUGUAGUGAGAAAGAAUAAAACAUUCUAUACAAAUAUUAUUAUUCUUACAAGAUUAGUAUGUAGUUUAAUUCAAUAAUCUAGGCAAGAAAUAGUCUGUUUCAUCAUCAUAGAGAAGACAUAACAUCAUUUCAGUGCAGCGACGUAUUUGCAGAGUAAACCAUUGUGAACUAGUUUCUCCUUCAUCUAUUCAAAGUUACCUUUACAGGGAAAUCAAGUUAUCAGUGAUGAACCAGAUGAAGGCACCCUUGGGGUAUAUGAUUACUCAAAUCGACGUUUGUGUUCUCAGUUGUAGAGUUUGAUUGUUACUCUGUAAUAGUGCCUCGUUGAUAUAUAUUGCUGAGUGUGUACAUAGACAAUCCAUAACAGUCCAUGAAAUGUUUUGUUUAGUUGUGGGUAACCUAGAGAAUAAUCAGUCUGAAUCGACAUAAACGACUUGAUUCAUAGGAAAUAAAUUAAUCUUAUGGUUGAAAGCUAAUCGUAGAGUUUAGAAAAAACCAAUCAGUCGUAUAAAUAAGAUGUACGUACUAAGUAUUAUUACUUUUUCUUAAUCACAUGCCAGUAAUUACACCCAACAGUCAGCUUACUGACUAAUGAAGAACAUAAAAGUCUCAAAAAAAAAUAAAAAAUCACCCUAGUUCAGUACGUUUUAGCGACACUACUAAUAACAUUUUUUAAAAAGGAUAAUAUUUUUCAAUUUAGUCCCAUAAUUAUGAAGAGUUUUUAUUAAUUUGCCAAUGUUGCUGUUUUAGAAUGAAUUCGAUAAAGAAUCCCUUGGUAUUGUAAGAUACUUUCCAGAACAUAUAGCACCAAAUGGGAAGAAGUAUGGUGUCAUAUCAAACAAUUAUUUUCCCUAUUUAAGAAUGAAUAAUUAUCAAGCACCAUUAGUUGCUGUACAACUCUCUAAUAUAACAAGAAAUACUGUUGUCCUAGUUGAAUGUCGUUUGGUUGGUUUAAAAAAUUCUAUUGGUGGAACAGGUUUCGAAGUUUGUGUUGAUGACAAAGAUUCAGGAAAAUAAAUUAUUCUUUAAUCUUUUGCAAAACAUAACAUUUUUAAAAAAAUCUGUUUUUACUAUUAAAGAAAAGAAAAUAAUUAUAUCGUUUAUGUGUGUUCAAUUUAUGUGUUCCUUAAUAUUUUUUUAUCUUAAGAAAACACAAAUACAUCUAAUUUAGCCUCUUUAGGAUAUUCUUCAGUUUACUUCUUAUGUCUGAAAAAAUGUACUGUCUUUUGGUUUUUUUUCUUACUCUUCCCAUUUACAAUUAAACCAGUCAUUCAUAGUGUUCAUUAUUCAUAUUAAUUAUACUAUACUGUAUUAUCAAACAUUGUUUAAUUUAUACUAUUACAAUUGUUACCAUUACAACCAUUAAUACUGUUACUUCUAGUUGAGACCUUUAAUUGACUUUUCUUAUGGUUAAUUAAUUCUUCAAAAAUUAAGUUUCAGGUGCCUUACGUUUUAAUUAUUUUCUGACUGAAACAUUCUUCAAGUUUUCUUCCUAUUCUAUGUCUUUUUACUUUCUUUAAUAUUUUCUCAACAACAAUAGAAGGUAACAAUAAAAAAAGAUUAUGAUGACAAGGAAGAAGAUUCUUAUUCAAUAGUUUAUGUAUUCAUUUUAUAAUUUGAACCUAUUUAGUGUCCUUAUUAUCAGUUUCAUUAUUGUUAUUAGAUUUAAUAUAUUUCUAUAACACGUAAUACAUGUUAUACAACUACUGAAAACUUUCGCUAAUUAAGUGUAUAAUGGAUUAUUGGUAGAUGUAGCCAAAAUGUAUUUACAGUAAAACAAAUAUAUAUUUAAUAGUAUAUUGAUAUUGUAACCAAUACUAUUGCUACCGCUAUUUUUAUUAGUACUAUCAUUACUACUAAUAAUACUAAUACUACUACCUAUACUUUUACUAUUCAUAUUAAUAAUAUACGAUUCUUAACGUUUUGUUUACGAAUAUAAUUCAAUUGAAAAUAUCUUAAAA